GAUCUUUAUGAUUAUGUGAAAACGGGUACUUUUUACUUUGAACGCCUAUAACUCGUGAAUACAUGAUCGUAGAAAAAUUUCAAUGAAUGUUUUGGACAGCUGAGAAACUUUCCUUUAAAAGGCUUUGGUUCCCAAUUUGAUGACAUUUUUUUUUAAUCGCAUAUAAUCCAUUUCAAGAUGACCUAAAAAUUUGCAUAUUUACCACUUUUCAGAAAACAUGACGCCAUUUCAGUAAAAAUCAAGGAAUCAUACAAGUGCCUACAUUAUUUUUGAGUUAAGAGUGCCCAAAAACUCUACAAAAGGCCGAACUCAUCUGAUUUUUGUUACCUUAUGUCCUCGAUGGCGAAACAUGCGACAUGAUCUGAAAACUUGAGAGAUCAUUUGUUUUACAUUACGUUUCCGUCUCAUUCAAAACGACUUUUUGUUCCUGCAGCGUCUUAAUGGUUAUUACGUGUUUUCUUUUCUUUAUUCAGCGUCAUUUUAACGUACAAAAAGAGGAUUUACAAAAUUAAAGAAAAAACUUUGUUCAAUCUCUUUACAAUGACAAAUGCCGGCGGUAUUUAUUCAUUUUUUUCACUUUUGUCAUUUUGUUAUAAAAAAACGCGUGACCAAGACUCGUACUAUGACAACGUCAGGCGAUCAUCGAUCCUUUUUUAAAGUGAGGUCAAAUGCCACCAUGAAUAGAACCGCAAACCACACUUGGCGUAAAGUUUCGUAUAUAAUUUAACAGCUCGAGCUGUUCAAUUCGAGCAACUCAGAUCGAUAUUCUUCUUCGAAGUAAAUAGAUCUAAAAAUCCUUUCUGUUGGACAUUUGUAAAAAUUGCACAAGUUCCUCAUAUCUCAUUGACACGGACAACUUUUAUUUCAAGUAUAAUUUUAAAGGAUCUUGAAACUAUUUAUUUACUCGUCAUAGUGUACUUGCUGUACAAAACAUUUCACCUUCUGAUAUAUAUUUUGACACAUCGUCAAAUAUAGCGGAGAUAUUUUAGAUUUGUGGUUUGCGUUAAAUGUCCUCGAAGAUGGGCACCACAAAUGCACAAACGAAUUCAGAGCACGAAAACAAGGAAACGUUCAAUCACGUAGACUCUAUCGAGGCGUUCUACGCCGAGAAGGUGAUCCUUUUGACCGGUGCUACCGGUUUCUUGGGAAAAGCUCUUUUGGAAAAACUGCUGCGCUCAUGUGCACGCGUGGCCAUGAUAUUUAUACUGCUUCGUCCAAAGCGAGGAAAAACUAUGGAGCAACGACUAAAUCAAAUGAAAGAAAAUUCUGUUUUCGACAGGCUUCGAAUGGAGAAUCCUGGCGCGAUCAAUAAGAUCCACCCCGUGAAGGGCGAUGUGGGAUUACCAAACUUGGGUCUCUCGGCUGAGGACAGAAACAUGUUGAUAAACAGGGUAAACGUAGUUUUCCACAGUGCAGCCACAGUGAGAUUCGACGACCCAUUGAAGGUGGCUGUGAACACGAAUGCAAAGGGGACGGAUCGUGUCAUAGACUUGUGCAAGGAUAUGACAAAUCUGAUCAGUCUUAUUUACGUUAGCACAGCUUACAGUAACGCGAAUCGAUACGACAUCGAGGAAUCGAUUUAUCCAACAAAGCUGAAACCGUCGACGGUAAUCGAUAUGUGCGACAGCCUAGACGACAAAACGCUGAACUUACUCCAGAAGCAGAUUAUAGAGGGGCAUCCCAACACCUACACAUUUACAAAGAAUUUAGCAGAACAAAUAGUAUGGACAAGGGGAGCAGACUUGCCAGUAUCGAUAGUACGACCUAGCAUAGUUUGCGUCACACAUAAAGAACCGUUUCCUGGUUGGCUGGACGGUCCUAGCGGUCUUACAGGCUUAAUAGGAGGAAUUAUCAGAGGUACUGCCAGGGUCAUCAAGUGUGACACGAAACGGACUAUCGAUAUGGUACCUGUCGAUUAUGUUAUCGACACGAUCAUUUGCGCAUCGUGGUUCCGCGCAACGCAACAGAAUAAUUCCAUCAAAAUCUAUAAUUGUACCAAUAAUGCAGACUCCAUAAGCUGGGGAAGCCUAGUCCAACUUAUUUCGAAGUACGCCGUUGAGUCGCCAUCGAAACAUUUAAAGUGGUAUCCAGGCUUGAUAGUGGGCACGAACACGUUUAUGUACAGGUUCAUAACGAUCACGUUACAUUUUUUUCCGGCUGUUAUUAUGGACUUUGUUUCGAGACUUGCAGGUAGCAAACCGAUAAAUAUGAAAACUGCUAAAAAUUUCGACAAGGUGGUGUCAGCCACGCAAUACUUCAGCACAAACGAAUGGAAAUUUCAUAGGAACAAUAUGCACGAACUGACAAAGAAAGUGAAAACGUUGAAGGACUCUAGUAAUUUCAACACUGAUAUGGACAAUCUUGAUUGGAACACUUUUGUUUACAGUUAUCUGUCAGGGAUCAGGAAGUAUAUUUUAAACGAAAAUCUAGAGGCUGCGGAUACGUUUCGAAAACGAUUGAUAAUAUCGCUACUCGUCACGUCUGCUCACUCCGACUACCGCCAAAAGAAAGAUGGCUUCUGCUUGCCUUUCGCGCCACCACUUAGUGAGUCAAGAGUGCUCGGCCAAUGAAAUUUGAGUAUGUAAAUGAAAGGAUACGUGUGAUUGGCUAUCACUUCUUAACAUUAUUUCCGAUCCUUUUGAAGCGAUAUUAA